AUGACAACCCCAAGUUGUAGCCAGGCCUUCUAUGGAGGCCAUAGGACAAAUCGCAGUGGUGGCCAGGUCUUCUAUGGGGUCCAGAUGACAACCAUCAGUGAUGGUCAGACCCUCUAUGGAGAGCAGAUGACAACCCCCACUAGUGACCAGAGCCUCUAUGGGAGCCAAAUGACAAUCCCCUGCAAUGCCCACACCCUCUAUGGAGGUCAGAUGACUAUUAAUACUGACCAAACACUCAGUAAAGACCAGAUGAUGACCUUUGUUAACAACCAGACCCACUAUGGGGGCCAAACCAUGAAUACAGAAAUCUUAUAUGUUUCCCCACUGGUCCAAGAACAGCUGUCAAGUUUCUCUAUGGACAACUAUGGACAUUUCCCAGGAAAGCAGAUGCUGAAGACCAAGAGCCAGAAGUUCCCACAGAAAUUCAGUACUUUGAAGCUCUAUGUCUGCAUAUAUGAGAACUUCGUUUCUAGUACCAUGUCCCAACUGUUGAUAUUUGUAAUGACUUACAUAAGUGAUGCUGGUUCAGCACAGGCCAGAGCGCCAGGUCUGCUUGAUAAACCUCUUGAGUUUAUAAAUAACCAUGCUUCAAUUCAGCAACUGUAAAGUGAGUGCUUUUCACUUGCCAACCCUUCAGACAUUGAGGCUUUAGAGGAGAGUUCGGGUGAGAAAAUUCUGACUGAACGCAGUUCAAGUGAACACGACUCCAGCGAGCACGCUGCAAGUGAACAUGCUGCAGGUGAGCAAGUUGCAGCUGAAAACGCAGGUGAGCUCAUGUCAGGGGAACAGCCCUCAGGUGAACAACCUUCAGGUGAACAGGCUCUAGGUGAAGAGGCUUCAGGAGAUCACUCUUUAGACCAGUCUGCAGGUGAGCAGGCUGCAGAAGAAAAGUCCACAGGGGAACAUGCUUCUGGUGAAGGUGAACACCAACAGCCUUCAGGUGAGCUGGCUGCUGCUGAGCAGCCUGCAGGUGAGCAGCCUUCAGCUGACCAGGUUUCUGCCGAGCAGCCUGCAGUUGCGCAGGCUACUGGUGAACAGCCUUCAAGUACAACAUUUUCAAGCACAUCUUCAGGUACAUCAUUAACUUGCCACACAUGUGCUUACAUGACCGAUCAGGGAAAAUGUCUUUGUGGUGAAGGAACCUGCGCUGCUCAGAAUUCCCAACAGUGCAUAUUAAAGAAGAUCUUUGAAGGGGGAAACCUCCAAUUCAUGGUUCAGGUGUGUGAGAACAUGUGCCCUUCUAUGAAUCUCCUCUCCCAUGGAACAAGGAUGCAAAUUGUAUGCUGCCGGAACAAACACUUCUGCAACGCGGUCUAG